ACGGCUUUGAGUACAGACGUUUGAGAGACAGUUUCGUAGUCAAAGAUUCGAUGAGCGCUGGAAUUAAAACAGUUUCCCUGGAUCCAGUGAUUAAAAAAUUGGAGGAGAGCGGAUUUUACUGGGGAGCAAUAUCUGCAGUCAAAGCAAAAUCUUUAUUACGCGAGAAACCCGUCGGACAAUUUCUGGUUCGCGACAGUUCGGACUCAAGGCAUCUUUUCACUAUAACACUAGUCACAGCCACCGGAAUAACAAACGUCCGGAUAAAUUUCACUGAGGGCUUCUUUUCUUUGGACAGAAAUGAUACAUUUAUGGAACCGAGAAACGAAGAAGUCAAGAAUUAUUCUCCACCAAAAUUUGACUGUGUUGUCAAGAUGGUAUUUUACUAUAUGUUGGUCUCAACAGGGAUUUUACAGGCUAAGGAGAAAGUAACCAAAACUUUGGGCAACAGAGGAACUCCGCUAUUUAUCCUAUGGAGACCAUUAUAUAAGGAAGUUUCUAGUUUGCAACAUCUCUGUCGUAGGGCUUUAAAUCGUCAAAUUCUCGCCACUGGUGGAACUGAUGUAAAACAAACGUCGAUUCCUCACCCGGUGAAGUCAUAUUUAUCACAAUAUCCCUACCCUAUGUAAAUGCAUCAUUGACCCAUUAUUCGUUUUCGUUCGUGGAUGAAUUUAACUCUGGGAAAUGUUGAGAGUAUGUACAUAAAUACAACUCAUUACAAAACUCGCCGUUACAUCUUUAUUUUUCAGUGAAAUGAGUGUUCAUACUAUGUAAAUACUAUAUCUAACAACUUUUACAAAAGAAUGUAAACUAAAUUAUGUAAAAAGUCGAAUUCUAAGCUCUUGUUUGAGUUCUUUGUGUUUCUACUGAAAAGUGAAAAUUUCUUUUUGUUACUAUCACUUUGAACUUCCGUGGUUGCAAUUUCGGACAAAUGACGUUGAAUAAUAGGGUUUCCAAGAAAUUUGUUCUCUGGUUUCGUUCUGAACAACUAAACAAAAAGACAAUUCGUUAUAACUCGACAAGAUAUGUAAAAUAAAACACGUACAAUAAACAAGACAUGC